AUGGACAAAUUAGAAUUACUUCCUGCUCAGUUGGACAAAUGUAGUGAAUAUAUAAAAUCAUCUAUUGAGUAUACAGAUCAUGAAAUAUUAUUAACCAAAGUGCAAAAUACUGAUAUUUUUGAUAAUUUAACGUGUUUUCCAGAAAAAAAAGACGAUACGAGUGAUACGACCAAAGAUGAAACGCGGGUUACUUGUGUAGGAAUUUUCGAGUCAUUACUCUGUGAUCUGAAUGUCUGCACUGAUCUAUUGAACAAAAUUAAAAAUGUUACAGUUCCUAAUCCUAUAGCUCUUUUAGUUGAAAGACCUUUUCAACCAAAAUUGGUAAAACUCCCCAUUGAUAUCGAUAUUUCUGAAAGUAAACAAAGACAAUUUUGUUCAAAUUGGUAUAGGGAGUACCCAUACUUAGAAUAUAGUAUAUUUAACGAUUCGGCAUAUUGUUAUAUUUGUGGUUUAUUUCCAAGUGGGCCUAAUCGAGCAUUUGCUGAUCCUGUAUGGUCAACAACUGGAAUAAGACAUUGGCAUAAAAUGAAAUCUCACGGAACAAAAAAGCCAGGAAAGCUUGAACAACAUUUUACUUCGAAUGCUCAUAAAUCUGCAUUAAGCGUCUAUAGUAAUUUUGUUUUGCAUUCUAACCACAUAGACAAUUUGUUAAAUAAAAAACACCGAGAAAACGCUAUACAUUUUUCAAAGCAAAAAGAAUAUCAUAAGGCUGUAAUAAGAAUUUUAUUUGACGUAUCGAGUACACUAGCUAGACAAGGAUUAGCUUUUAGAGGCGAUGGUGACGAAAAAAAUGGAAAUUUCUAUCAGAUUGUUUUGCUCAUCUCACGCCACAAUUCGACUAUGAAAACAUGGUUAAAUGACCCUUCUUUUCGACGAUACCACUCGACCUAUCUAAGUCAUGACUCUCAGAAAGAAUUUAUACAUUUAUUAGGUAUAGAAACAAAAAAUAACAUAAUAGAAGAAGUUAAAGAAGCUUGCAUGUAUUCAAUCAUGGCUGAUACGUCGCCUGAUUUAUCACAUAAAGAUAAAUUAAGUGUCUGCUUACGUUAUGUUAACUCGAAAGCUGAAGUUUGUGAACGUUUGAUUGCUAUUGAUGAAAUUGUCGAUAAAGCCGGAAAAGGUUUAGCAAGUAAAAUUUCUGAUGUUUUGUCCCAAAAUUCACUUGAUUUGAAUAAUAUUGCGUUCCUGUCAUCAUAA